AUGGUGAACGUUGUUGCAAGUUCGGAUCCAUGUGACUUUUGCUACACAAUUUCGAUGUGGAAAUUGGCCCUGACGCAUCCUAUUCAGGCAGGUGAUUUCCAUGGGCAGCACCCUUCACCGCGGCGGCUUCUGGCAUAUCGCGGCGUCUCAUUAUACCACUACCCCAACAGCAGAGCCAAGAUGUAUCUACUCACACUUAUCGCGACGACACUCAGUGUCUCAGGCUUAGUAGCAGCAGUCAAACUACCCAAUCUCGACGGAACUUUCAUGAAGCGUGAGGUCCAGCACCCGAACGGCAGCACAGUAGACGUAUAUCUUCGAGAUUCAUUCCGCCACGCCAACGACAAGCGCUUCUACAAGACCUUCCACAACGACACGGAGUACACUCACACCGAAAUAUGCUUCGAGACUAAUUUCGUUCCGACCACCACCGCGGACUCGGCACUUUGCGAUGACUGCUCGGCCAUCGAGACAGGGCUGAAGGAAAAUUCCGGCUUCUUCGAAACGGGCGAUUACAGCGGUACUAACCUCAACUUCCUCGCUGUGUGUGGAACCUGCGCGUUUGGGGUGAAACGUCUUGACGGGUCAAGCGCGCGAGUCGACAUUGGCAGUAGAGACGUCGUGGACAAUCUCGACUCGGCUAUCAUUAGAUUUGCUCGCGGAGGCCAUGUAGGCGUUACUGGUAACUUCACAUGCCAGUCGGCCCCUAUCAACUGGGCAAUAGUGAGAGCACCUUGA